AUGUCCUUCGAUAGCACCAGCGUUCGCACAUCUGUCGAAAAAGACUUCAAGAACCGUGAGUUUGCACAGAACAUUUCCCUUGGUAUGAUGCGCGUUGUUAGAUUCCUUAACACAUUCCAUUCCAACGUUCGUGGAAGAUUGGCAGAUUUAAAUCAGAAAUUAACACAGCUCGAGAGACGUCUUGUUUUCAUUGAAAACCAGUUGAAGUGCUGCACAGAUCAACCAGCUUCCGCCGAAUAA